UCACGUGAUUUGUGUGUGUUACUCGGGCAAAAGUAGUCCGUUUACUUUGCGGUAGGUUAUUACUCAGUGGUAGGAGUUUAUUAGUUUGUUAUAUUUACUCUGUAGUUUAUAGUUGCAGGUGGAUAAAAACGUCAUGGAGAAUCUUAUGAGACAGAAUAUUCAAGUGUUACUGAAGGCUGUUGAGUACGUGGAAAUGAAGUCUAAAAGAGAAUCCGAACAUGGUUAUGCCUCUGUUUUGCCUCUUGUUGGUAAAAGAAGUUUAGAGCACAGAAACCGAGGAAGGACAAGGAAGAAUGCAGAAAGUACGAGGAAUGUCCACAAUGAACUUGAGAAGCACAGAAGGGCCCAACUUCGAUGGCAGUUAGAGGAGCUGAGAAAACAAAUUCCACAUAGUACAGAAUCUUCACGGCAUACAACGCUUACACUCCUGCAGAGAGCUAAGCUGCUUAUUAAGAAACUGGAAGACCAGGAUCAGAAAGCAGUGAAACUUAAGGAAAAGUUGAAAGGAGAACAGCAGUCCCUUCAGCAGAAACUACAGCAGCUUUUAGCGCAGCAGAGCACUGAGCGUCUACGAGCCAACAGUUUAGAUUCCACAGCCACAUCUUCUGAUCGGUCAGAUUCAGACAGAGAGGAUGUAGAGAUUGAUGUUGAAGGGAUUGUAUUUAUUGACAGCGAGGCAGAUUCGCUAAUGAAUUUCCAUGCUGGAGGUGAAACGAGCUUGAGCAGUGAAGGGCGGCAUGAAAAGGAGGAAAUGGGGCAGUCCAGGAAGAUGAUUGGUCAACUUACACAACUGAUAGAUCUGUUAGUGCCCCUCAGUCAAUCGAUGAUGACAGUAGCAUCACAGAUGCAAGGGCAGCUGAACCAGGAAGCUGCUGCUUGCAAUGGAGCGAGAGGGCGGCAGAAAGAAAACAAUGUCAAUGUGAUACAGAACGGACACAGUACGCACAAUAUAAAUGGAAAUAAAAGCCCAGAUGCAAGUUUUUCAAGCACACCGAGGCUAAGGAACUCUAACCAGGCUUGUGAGUCCAAUAACAACAAUUUAACUGGUAUAAUGCCAGGACAAGGUUCAGGGGCUGUUCAGGGAAAUACACCUAAACGGACAGACCUAAAGGAAUGGUUACAGGUCAGUUUUUCAAUUAAUUUUUGUGAAAAAAUAGUUAAACCUGCACCAGUUACUGACUCUUACAAAACCAAACUUUAUAGACUGCAAAAAAAUUGUUAUACAAAUACAAAAGUUUGGAUAUUGAAAAUUGUUAUUUAAAUGAAUGUAUAAGUGAAGGAAUAGUCCCAAAGGGGCUAAGGGUAUUUAAAUACCCUAACAAUGUGAUUGAGGGAAGUAUAUUUCACAAAGACCUUUUAGAAGUUUUUAACAGAUGUGGGCUAGAUAUAUAUUAAGAUGUAUGACUGAAGAAAAUGUUAGGAUUAAAGCUUGAACUGUUUAAAGAGAUUGAUAUUUUAAAUGAAUGCAUUAAAAAUGACUUGAUUUUUACAAUUCCUGAAGAAAGAAUGAAAUAUGACAAUAUUUUUAUUGACACAAGUAAUGAUUGUGAUAACUUAGUUAAGAGAAAAAUAAAAAAGCUAGAAAGGGACCUUAAUGAGUAUAAAAAUAAGGUAAGUUACCCGAACCCAAAGAAGAAGGGAAGGACAUGGGGUAACAACAAUAUGGAAGGAGCAACAGAUGAUGAUAACCAGGAUAAUGCAGUAGUUAGUGAGCGGGUUACAGACUUAGAUGAUGUCUCCGAAUACUCCCCCCCCCUUGUGUAGAUCUGACAGACUAAGGAAUAGGGAGAGUUAUGAACAACAAUAUAGGUACACACAUUUUUUGGGGGGAGCAAGCAGGGGGAGGUAUUAGGACAACUCAGCACCAACCUCCCCGACUUGGAAAACAAUUCCAUUCUGCAAGACAAAAUGAACCCCUAUAGAUAUACUAUAUACAAUUUCAGUCAUAUUUCCUUAACCAAAGAACAUUUUAGUCUCUUAUCAAAGGGAACCAAGUUCAUUCCUAGUAGAAGGGGAGAUUUAACCAAAACAGUUAUGGAUGUUAAAACCUUUACUAGGAAAAUG